UUUCAAGGGGCCACUGGAGCUGUAUACAAGGGCUUCUUCUCAAUGCCAGAGACUCCGUGCCAGAAUCUCCAGCUUCUCCUAGUGGACAAUAUUCGAGAUAAGCUGCAUCCUAUCCGAAUCUCGUUAAAAUAUGCCAUUCUGGAACGGGAUCUGAAGCCUCGCACUAAUGUGGCUUCAUUGGACAACUUCCCCGUGCUCAACCAAGAUCAGAGUACAGAGCAAAUUGUGGAGGUUGACUUCAAGAAGGAGUGUGGAGCAGAUAAUGUGUGUCGGAGUAACUUACACAUGGAAUACGAAUACCUAGGAGAAAACAACGAGACCCUUCCAAGGGUAAAUGGGAGCCAGAUCCUCCAUUAUGAGCCCAGUGUGAAUAAGGUGACCCUGCGGGUAGUCAUAACGAAUGCUCCGAGCCCCACGUCUCCAGCAGAUGAUGCUCACGAGGCCAUGCUGAACAUAUCCUUUCCAGAUGAGCUGAUCUUUUCUUCAAGCCGAUCCUGUAACUUUGAUGGGACUAUUCUGUGUAAUCUUGGGAACCCAUUUAGGAGAAGCCAGAAGGCGGAGGUCAAUGUCACCUUUGAAGUAAAAGGAAUUACCUUACGGACAAGAGAACUGACCACUCGACUCCAGCUGUCCACGUCAAGUAAACAGGAAAACCUUGAAGAACAAAAUGCCGACUUCUUGGUGGACUACACUCUGGAGACAUUAUUAUCAGUGAAUCCUGUUCAUCGACAGACCUACUUUGGUGGUAAAGUGAUGGGAGAGUCAGCCAUGAAAACAGCUGAAGAUGUGGGAAGUCCCUUAAAUUUUACAUUUAAGGUGAUCAAUAGAGGUGACCCUCUAAACAAUCUGGGUUCUCUCGUCCUGGCGGUUGACUGGCCCUAUGAAGUGGCCAAUGGAAAAUGGUUGCUUUAUCCAACAGAGGUGGUGGUUGAUACAGGAAAUGUGACACGGUGUCACCCGCCUGGACAUAUCAUUAAUCCUUUAAAUCUUACACUGGAGAAUAGAAGGAGGCGCAGAGAAAUUGUGGAAUCAAUAGACGUUCCUACUCUACCAGCUAUUAAAAGAGAGAAGCCCAACACUGUACUGAAAUGCAGAGGAGGUGGUGCAAACUGCGUGCGUUUCAAGUGCCCCCUGGACAAUAUGCAGAAGUCAGCAAGUAUCACAGUAAAAGCAAGAGUAUGGAACAGUACGUUCUUAGAGAGGGGAACCAUAAACCCCAGUGUGGGACUGCAUUAUUGGUGGAUUACAGACAGGUGGAUAGAGUGUGGGUGGAAGGAACAGCAGAACUCUAUCUAAAAACUGAUGUUCCAUCUAUAAACAUGCAGACGCAUCAUGUAAUGUUUUCAGUCGCUAUAGACUCCGAAUUAGAAGAGACCCCACCAGCUGAACUUCCACUGUGGUUGAUUGUUGUUUCAGUAGGAUCUGGAAUUUUGCUAUUGGGAAUCAUUAUUUUAUGCCUGUGGAAGUGUGGAUUCUUCCGGAGGGCCAACACCCGUGCCAAGUAUGAGGUCAGAGGUCAGAAGGCUGAGAUUAAGGUGCAACCAUCAGAGACUGAACGACUAACACAAGAUUCCUGA